CGUGAUUUUGACAUUUCAUACACGUACAUGCUCCCCCGUCCUAUUUAGCAUCUUUUUCAUUAAGUUAAAAAUAUUUCACAAAAGCAAUGGAAAUCAAAAAGGAAGAAGACAAAGUGUAUUUGGAACAUUUUGUGAAGGAGGAAUAUUCUAUUAACGAAGGAACAUCUUCUUAUAUAAAAGAGGAGCCUACGGACAUAGCUGAUGAAGCUGAUGAAGACAAUCAACAGAACAUGAUUAAAUUUGAGAUUCUAGAAGUUGCUCCAGAAGUGAAAUCGGAAAAGAAACAGCAUAUUUGCCUGAUUUGCAACAAGACUUUCUCAAGACCUUAUGCGUUGAGAGUGCAUAUGGAUGUACACAAUGAGAUCAAAUAUUCCUGUGCUCACUGCACCAAAACAUUUAUUACAAAGGAAAAACUGAAAAUUCACAUUCAAUUAAAUCAUAUUGAUAAAUCUUCUGACCCUUGCAAGAUUUGUAACCAAACAUUCAAAAGUAAUGUCCGUCUUAGGAUUCAUAUGAGAAGGAUUCAUAACGUUAUGCGAGUUGUUCAUGAAUGCAGCACUUGUGGCAUGAAAUGUUUAUCUGAACCCACUUUGCAACGUCACAUUAGGAAAGUUCACGAAAAAAAUAUUGUAAAGGUGUUAUUUUGUGCAAAGUGUGAUAGAUCAUUUAAAACAGAACGAUACUACAAAAUGCAUAUGGAAAGUCACGAGAACGAAAAAUCAAAAAAGGGAAUUGAAUGUAGUAUUUGUUUUAGAACAUUAGCAAACAAUCGCACUUUGAAAAAACACAUGACUAGCCAUACAAAUGAAAAACCCUACACUUGUAAAAUCUGCAAUAAGUCAUUUAAAGAUAAACUUUACGUAAAGAAACAUUUUGAAUCUGUCCACAUGACUUUCGCCGAGGAAUGUAUUAACUGCGUUUACUGCAGUAAGACUUUCAAAAAGUUGGACAGCUUAAAGAGUCACAUGAAAAGGCAGCACCGUGGUCUUCCUUUAAGAGGUGAUUCAACUACAUGCACAAUCAAAACGUGCAGUAGAGCAUUCGAAACUCUUGACGAACUGAAGGAACAUGUAAAGACUCAUCCAAUUCAAAAACCUUUUCAAUGUGGAACGUGUCAAAAAACGUUCCAGCAUAAAUGCCUUAUGCUGCGACACAUUAAUCUCUUUCAUUUGAAAGUGAAUAGCGAUUUAGAUAAAAGGAAAUUUAACUGUAUGGUUUGCUCCAAGAAAUUUAUUAAGAAGGUCCAUCUUGAGAGGCACAUCCUCACGCAUAGUUCUAAUAGGCCUUACAAAUGCGACAUGUGUUCUAGUUCUUUUAAAUUACUAUCAAUAUUAACACAUCACAAAUUGAUUCAUACUAAACCCACAAAAGAAGAAUAUGUGAAAUGUUUGUAUUGCAAAAAGGCAUAUUACCGAAAAGAUUACCGAACCAGGCAUAUUAAAAUGUGCCACCCUGGUCUACCUACUGAACUUACAGGUGAUCUUAUCAAAUGCAUAAUAUGCAUGCAGACGUUUGAAUAUCUAGUCGAUGCAAGGAAGCAUGCGGAGACGCAUAAAAGGCCUUUUCAAUGUGAAUAUUGUCAUAAAAAAAUCAGUACCAAAUUUGGAUUAGAGAAGCAUAUAAAUAAGUUUCACACGGAUCCCAUACCGAGUGAAGACGAGGGAGGAGCUUUUGAAUGUCCCACUUGCAUUAAGAGCUUCAGAACAAGUAGUAUUCUCGAAAGGCAUUUGAUCAUUCAUACAAGACCAUAUGUGUGUGCUAUAUGUUCCUACGCAUUUUCAAGCAAAGGCUUAAUGACGAGGCAUAUACUUAGACACAGAAAAUAUAAACCCUACGGCUGUAGUUUUUGUCACAAGAAAUUUAAUUUCAUAAGUGAACUUAGGUGUCAUGAAGCAAUUCAUGAGAAAUCCUUUGAAUGCCCCAUUUGCUCUCAGUCAUUCAAACAAAAGAAGAGUCUAGAUCAUCAUAUACAAAAACAUGCUUCUGAAAUACCCCGUAAACCAACAAAAAAUGAAUUACAAUGUUUACAGUUAAAAGACGAAUCUUUUAGAAACUAUAUAAAUGAUAAAGAAAAGCUCUUCGAAGUUAAAACAGAAGAUGGUUCUUCAGCUUCCACUACUUUUCAAGAGAUUGACACAACUUUUAUAAAAGUUGAAAAAGGAAUUGUGAAAGAGGAACCUGAGGAAUAUGAAUAAAAUAUUGGAUCUUUAUUUAAAUAUAGAAAUAAAUUAGACUGACGCUAUAAUAAUAUAGACAUAAUUUUCCAAUCAUUCCAUGGAGUUUGUUUUAUAAAAUUAUUUUUAAAUUCUAUGUGCCCUUCACUAGAAUUCGUAUUAUAUUUGUAAGAAAACAUGAAAUAAUCUAUUAUCAUAAUUUGGACUUGAGUUGUCUAAGUAAACAGUAAUGUAAAAAGUUUUUUCUAACAUUAAGACUCUAGUAGUGUAAAGUCUAUAGUAUAGUGUUUAAACUAUAUUAUUUAAAAGUCUUUUAAGAUUUAAAAAAAGCUUUUUGUCUAGUAGUACUCCCCCGAAAAAAAAGGUAACUUUUAGAUUACGGUGCAACCACAUAUUAGUAAUAUUUUAGAAAUAUAAAAUUACAAAUAAAAUAUUAAGCUUUAUUUUAGGAUAAUGUAUACUUGAUAAUAAAAAUAAACUCAUUAUUAGACAAA